GGAACUCCGCGCGCGCGCGACCUGCCUCCCUGCCUGCUCCUGCUCUCUCACUCCCGUCCGUCUGUUUUCUCGUCCUCGUGCGUGCGGUGCACGUUUCCGUCAUCUCCGUCCGCGCGUCGUCCGGCUUCCGCCGAAAAUCGUGGACCGAAAAUUCGAGAGGGGAAAGGACGCUGCCGUGCCCGAUCCGCCGAUCUCGUGGAUCCCGGGAUCGACGUGUCCUUCUCCGACGCCGCUUCCCCGUCGUUUCCUCGGAAAGUAGCGGCGGAUCCCGCGAGACCGCGGCGAGGUCCUCGCGUCUCUCCGGACGUGACAUGUGACUGUGAAUCCGAGUUCGAGAUUUCUUUCUUGUUUUUUUUUUCUCUCUCUGUGUGUCUCCUACACGGCAGCAAAAGUGCGAAAUCCUCGGAGAGUAGAAUCGUGACGGGUGAUGGUGAUCGUCUACGCGCGCAAUGCGUCGCAAUAACGACAAUCCCGUGUCCAUCCCCACUGAGAGAUCGCUAGCGUGAUCGUGUUAAUGAUGUGUUUCUGUCGCAACGAAACGUCGUCUGUGUUCAAGAAGGCCAAGAUCGCGGAUAAUUUCGAGCUUAACUCGACGUCGCUAGGAUUAACGAUAGUUUUUUUCGGUAGAUCGCCGCAACAGUCCCUACUAUUAUGGAAGAUGAGGAUGGAGAGAGUAAGGUUAUAGAUAUGUGGAACAUCUUGGAGGAGCAACGACUCAAAGAUUCCACAUUGGGCAACGCAUUGAGACAUUCCAUCGACGAUGUUUACACCGCUGUAAUCGAGGAGGAGAAACAGCUAAUACGCUACAACUCGAUCAUAGGGAGCGACUCGCCGGGUAAUAAUACUAUCGCGGGGCCAAAAUUCGUAUUCAAGGGUUUCAAGAAGCGCAUCUUGGCGGAGGCUCGAGAGGUUCCUGCCGUCGCGCCGAAGAACAGCUCGCCGGAGCUGCGGCAAUCGACCCAUCCCAAUGCGAGGACCGGCAAGGACAAAGGGGUGGAGAGGAAGCGGAAGCGUAAGAUAACGGAAUACGCUCAAUACCUGGGCCUACGACCGUCCACGAGGUACAAGUGCUCCAAGUGUCACGCGUGGGUCAGUUGCGGUCCCAACUCGAGACAGAACUCGUGUGCCUGUAAUCCUAGUAUGACGCCGAUGCCCAGUACCUCGGAGUCGAGUGCCUCGGUGCCGCACGCGAGCAACUUCAAGAUCACGAGAAAAGUUUACCUGUGCUCGGCGUGCAACACGUACUUCGAAAAUUGGAACCUGUUCUUGCACAUGAGGGACAUACACAAGCGUCACAUAUGCCUCUUCUGCCUGGGCAUGUUCGGCCAGGCGGAGAGGCUGUCGUACCAUCUGAUGAAGAAACACAGCGUUCCGGAGAUGGCGUUCUCCUCGGUGGAGGAUUUCUACAACGCCUUCAAGGGUUCGUGCUAUCUGAUCUGUUGCAGCUGCGAGAAGGUGUUCUCGGAGACCGAUGACUUCUUCGACCACUUUUGCUCCCCAGUUCUGGAACAGGACGCGACCGUUGCCGUCGCGUCAAUGUGCACCAUAUGCAGACAGACCGGCACACAUGCGAGUACCUGUAAUUUCACGCUGUCGGACACGGAUAAGGAAUUACGUAGCCCGUCUACGCCGCCGGCAGUCGCCGAUACGACGUACGCGGACAAUCCGUCGCCGACGACCGUUCCCCCGACGGAGAUAGCUACGAAUCUCGGAGGUAAAGGACUACCAAGAAAAGCGAUAAAAUACAACAGGAAGAAACGCGAAAGAGACGACGUGCAAAAUUCUCGCCAACAAAAAUCAAGCGCGCUGGCGACGAGGAAGCUCGGCGCGAAAGUCCAGUGUAACGAGAAUCAAUUUGAUUGCGGUCUCGAUGUCCAAAGAGAAAUUGCGAAUAGCUUACCCAGGGACACGGUCACCGAGACGAUAAUGGAAGUGUCCAGGUACAGGGCUGACAAUUCGUCUGACGAGAACGACGAGAACGAUGAACAGGUGAUGAACAAAGACGUGUACAACAAUCGUGACAAAGGGUCGGGCGGAAAGUCGCCAGUUCAAACGUGCCAGCUCGAUUUCAGUGAACCUUACGACAGUGUAACGGAGACUAUCAUGGAGGUAUCACGCUAUACAGGUGAAGAAGACAAGAACGAAAGAGAGGAUGCAGCGUAUACCUCAAAUAUACCUGCGUCACACACGGUUGAAAAAAUGAAUACCGAAGACGAGGAAACGUGCGACAAAAGUGACGUUGAUCCGUCACACUCGGCCAGUUCGAGAGCGCCUAGUCCAGUACAGUGGGAUGCCGAGGAGACUGCGACAGCGGAUACGAAAGUGAACGCCACGUGCGAGACCGGAACUAAAUACGAUAGUCCACGGGAUGUGCAGAGUUGCAGUCCCGUCAGCCAUUCAUUGUUUAGUCCGCAACACGAAUCGCACAUAUCGGAUUCACAACCCAAAGAGAAAGAAAAUGUCGAGGAUGUCGACAAGAAAAAAGUGGAGAAACCUGUCACGACGAACACCACUGAAUCUCAGGCCUCGGUUUCAUUUAACGCUGUUGCUUCGUCCGAUAGAAGUUUGGUCAUCAAGAUUUGCAACAGGAACUCGCAGUUCAGCGUCGCGACGACCACCGUCACGAGUAGGGAAUCCGAGGAGAAUAACAACGCCGAAGGGUCAACGUCGAAGGAAAGAAUGCCGAACGGUUCGGAAUUGGAAAGGGACAUCGUUGACGAUGAUCAAGCGAACGAGCUGGACGACAGUGAUUCCGACAGCGACAAACUAGCGGUAGUGGACAGUAAUCCGGAAGAAGACGAGGAAGUGGAGGACGGCGAGGAGGGCGAAGAAGCUGACGAGGCUGAGGACAGGCACGACGACGCGGAAGACGAGAGCCAAAGGAACCAGGAGGAAAAUGACGAGACUAAAACUGGGACGUAUACCGAUAGAUUAUUUCCUGUCACGGAAACGAUGCCGAUCGGUAAUCCUGACGAGACAUCCGACGGUAACGCAAUCGGAGAUGUUGCAAACGAACAGACGAGUAGUCACACGAUUGACAACAGCGGUAUUGUGUUAGCCGGUGAAGAUGUCCCAUGUAUCGACCUGAACGUCGAGGGCACCCUGGACAGCAUGGAGCUGGAGGAACUGCUGAAACGUUGCAUAGAGGCGGCCAGUCCUGUCUGCGUGUACUGCAAUCACGCGCGGUACAUCGCCGUCAACGGCCGACAGCUGGGCCUGCACAUGCUGGCGGAGCACAAGUUUCAGCCGCAGCAUCCCGCGAUAAUUAUACACGCGGAGCAGUUCACCGCGCGGGUGAAGAGGUCCCUCGACGAGCUCGAGUCCCGUUAUUUCAAUCUGGACACGUACAACAGCGCGGACGGCACGUACAACGUUCCAAACGUAUUGAUAUACGAGUGUUUUCAUUGCAGAUUUCAUUCGGCCGUGCACAAGGAGCUGUACUUGCAUAACCGAAAGAUGCAUCAGAAGACCAUAUUGAUCUGCAUAAUGUGCAAGUCGACGUUCUACAGUUACAGCGAGCUGGUGUGCCAUCUGUGUCCCGGCGUUUACUCGCCGAAUGUAAAUCUGCGAUAUCGAUGUUGCCUCUGCUCGGUGGCGAGUCUCCCAUCGGCGUUCCGACUGAUGGUUCACGUGCGCAAACGUCACCACGCCUGCGACGUCUGUCUGGAGUCUACGGGCAAUCAGCAGCGUCUCUCGAAUCACGUGUGGAAGCACAAGCUACAUCAUUUGUGUUACAGAUGCGGCAUCGCCUACCGUAACAAACCGGAUAUCACGAAACAUCUUUUCUGGAAGCACGGUACGGAGAGCGUCCUGUGCCGGAAAUGCCUGCAGAAGAAGUGGCCGCACAUAUAUCACUUCUGCAUACCGCCUACGGCGUUCGUCUGCGAGGAAUGUGGCUCGAGCUUUGGUCGCGCUGUAGCGCUGAAGGUGCACAAGAGGCUGCAUUCCGGCGAUUUACCGUACGGCUGCGACGAGUGCGGGCAGCGCUUCAUAUCGCGGAAGCUUCUAGCCAAGCACCAAGCGGCUCACAGGGAACCCGAACCGGAGGACGUCCACGUGAAUGUGACAGACGUGGUUAACGUUCCACCGACGGACAAAGAUGAGAAAUUGGAUAAGGAUGUGACCGUGGCGGCAACCGACGGGGACCUGACGACGGGAACCGAGACCGUGUCAAAGAACGUCAAAGAGGCUGUGAAAAGAGUAGUCGACGUUUACGAUCUGCCGCCGCUUAAUCUGUCGUCCGAGAGCGACACGGAUAGCGAGGAAGAGAAGCCCCCUUCCACGGAAAAACCACCGGAGAAAGAGAACAUCGACGAGGACGCGACGAAGAAGAGUGAAACCGCUGAAAUAACCACCACCGAUGACGACGACGUCGCCGUAAACAACGAUAUAGUCGAGGUAGAACGGAACGAGGAGGAGAAGAAGCAGGAAGCGCGCAUUAUGGACGGCAUCUGGGACAACUUUAAGACGUAUGCUGCCAGUCUCGACGUAGAAGAAUCCGCCAAGAAUGUUGCGUUGAAAGAGAGCGUACCUGAGACUGACGCCGCGUACUUGAGAAGUAUCGUCCUUUCUGAUCACGACUAUUGCGUGAUAUAUUCCACCGACAAAGAGAAGAAUGAAGAUCAGGCUACUUCAGUGGAAGAUGACGCGAAAGCAAAUGAAACCAAAUCUAAAAGAAGUCCGUCGCCCGGUACUCCGAGUCGCAAUACUGGAUGCGACAGCGACGCGAACAAACGGAAGGCGAAGACCCCCAAGAAGAAGAAACGAAGCGGCAGCACGUCGUCCACAAGCGACUCUUCGAGCGACAGUGACUCGAGCAGUUGCUCCUGCGGCACUAACUGCAGUUGCAGCAGCUCUUCGUCCGGCAGCUCCUCCAGCUCUAGCAGCAGCUCCGAUUCCGACAGCUCCGCAUCCGAAAGUUUACCCAGGAAGCAAUCGGGCGGUCGUAAGGACCGAAAUAAGAAGGAGAGGGAAACCACGCGGGAGAACAAGUCGCAGUCUGUCGAGCCAGAGAAUAAGCCGGAAGAUAACCCGGAGGUCGCAAUGGAGAACGGUUCUAUGGUACCCGAGGUAACGAGCGAGCCUUCGCCGGUGAAGCCGCUCUUGCGAGAAUCUGACUUGGAGACCGAGGAAACUGAGACGGACGAGGACUUCUACGACGAGUAUCCUCAGCUGCUCGCUAAUAAAUUGUUGGCAGAGAAGCGUAAUCAAUUGAUGUUGUUGGCUACUGUAGCGCCGGCAUCGACGCCGACCUCGACGCCAACCUCGACGCCGACCUCGACGUUGAUGCCGGCGAUAGAACAACCGCUAAUGCCACUGAACAACGGCAUUCUGGUCGCGGAAACGGCACUGCCGGAUCCGAUCGCAAUGACCCUCGAGAAUCAGCAACCGCAACAACAGCAGCAGCAGCAAAAGAGGAAAACGAAGACGAAAAAGCGAAGAAAGGGCGAGAGAAGCGGUAAACGUAACGCGAUUACAACAGCCACCGUGGAAUCGAUCAAACUGAACAUUCCCAAGGCACUUUACCAGAAGAAUGCGGGAUUCGUUGCAUCGUCUCAGCCGACGUUACAUCCCAACAGCAGGUCUUCGACGCCGAACCUGCUGCCGGCUGCAACGUGCAACGACUUUCACAGCGGCAAUGCUGCGAACAUCGCGGCAGAGAUGCAUCAUCAACAGCAGCAGCAACAGCAAGCGUUAUUGGCCACCGCCGUCGCCGGCAUACCGAAUCAGAACGUCGGCGGCAGCGGCGGCACGGAUACGGAGAACAAGAGAGUCUCGAAGAGGAAACGCGUGCCGAAGCGUUUUUACGGCGACUCGAGCGACGACGAACCGCAAGAAAAGCAGUCGUUCGGUCGAUGGCGGAAAAUCGAGACAAGCAUCUCCACAGCUACCACCACCAUCACCCCGGCUUUCGCGCCGUUACCGCCGACGACGAUAACGACGCCGCCAAAUUCGAAGCCGCUGAUAUCGAGAUUGUCCUUAGGCGGGAAGACCAUUAUACAGACGUACGGAAACAGGCCUGCUCAAGUGGAACAGGCAGCGAGCCAGCCGCAAGCGGUUCUACCCGAGGCGUCACCAAUCGCCGCGCCGGCGUCCGCCACCGAAUCCGAAGGUACCGCGGAGAGCAGCAGCGACAGCAGCGAAUCCGAGGCAGAGAAUACCGUCACCGUAAGUCAGCCGAAGAUCAACCCGAUGACGCCUGCCGUCGGCGCGUCCAUCACGGAGCGACCUGGCAAGAUCUACUGUUAUUGUCGUUGCCCGUACGACGAGGUGUCGGAGAUGAUAGCCUGCGACGGUGAGGAUUGUCGCAUCGAGUGGUUCCAUUUCGAAUGUGUUGGUAUAAUGGUGCCGCCCAAGGGCAAAUGGUACUGUCCAGACUGCAGGAAGAAGCAUGGUAUCGUACAGAACGACGAGUACUGCGAUUGAUAGUUGUCGCAUGGGACGACAACGUCGACAGUAUGUUAUUAUUAAAUUCGAGCGAUCGGAUCGUUGCUUUUUAGAGGUAAAUGCUAGAAUUUUUCUUCUUUCUUUUUCACGAGCGUACGAAAAGAAAAAAAAAACAUUGCUACACUGUUCCACGUUGAUAUUUUUCUUAAGCCGAUACACAGAGUGUUUGUACAUAACUAUGUAAAUACGUCUUAGAAUAAUUAUAAGAAUGAAAUAAG